UUUAGUUGCUCGAUCGAAGCACACAAGUUUUACUAGACUAGGCAUUAAAUUAUUGUAAAAUUCGUGAAAGUAAUAAACGUACACAAUACACAAAAAAUACACAUAUAGUUAUUAGAUUAAGAGAUAGAUAGAAUAUAAAUAUAUAGAAAAUGCCAGAGAUACGCAAACAACAACAGACAACAACAACGAAGGGCGAAAGUCGGACUCCGAAGCAAUCGAAGCCAGCAAAAACGGCGCAGGAGAAACGCUUUGCUCUUAUCACGGCGAUGGGACAUUUUAGGCCCAAGAAUGCCACGCCCAUACAAUUCUACAACUAUGUGAGGGAGUUCUGCAUCAUGCACAACUGUAGCAUCGAUGAGGCCAUGGAGAGAGCGCCGAUCGCCUGGAAAGAGCUCAGCAACGAUCAGAGAGAACUAUACAACUCGGAGAAGCACGCAGCUCUGCCCCAUCCCAGUGCCGCAGCAUCUGCUCUAUCGGGCCAUCCAAAUGGAGCGAGCCGGCCGCUGGAAGCUGAGCAGCGUGCCAGCUGGCAAAGGCGGAGCUCCGAUGUACUCGAUGGAAUCGUAUGCACCGCCAACGAAACCCACGCGGUUGCAGACGCUGCGACGUGCUCAGAAGCCGCGCUACGACAAUCUGGCGGAGACGUCACCCUGCUGCCUCGAUGCGCCCCUCGCUCGGCACAACAACAACAACAACCACAACAGUGGAGCGAGGAAGCUGCGAACUCUGACGCCGCCGGAGCAACGAGCUCAGCGAGCGCAGCAGGAGAAAUCGCAGUCAGCAGGAUGUUCGCUCUCCGUCAUCUUGUCGACGCCAAGUCUGAAGCCGAAUGAAAACGAGGAAAAACGAAGCGACGACAACAAAAGCAAGUCGAGUAAGCUGGACAAGAUUACGCUGCCAAAAUCGAAGUGCAUGCGAAAGCAGGGCAAGAGGAAGCAGAAGAAGCGACUGUCGAAGCAACAAGCUUUGACUGAAACACUCGCCAAGAAGCACAAGAAAAAUAACAAAAAAGUUAUAGAAGUCAACUUAGAGAUAGCUAGAAAGAUAUAGUUUAGAGUUUCCUAUUUGUGACGUUUAUAUUCCAAAUUUGCAAAGCACAAAAUUAUGUAGGAUUCACACAAAUCGUAUCAAUCAAUCAAUCAAUCAAUCACUUGCUCAAUCAAAGUACAUUGUUGUAGUAACUUUUUCAUUCAGCGUCUUGAUUUAUUAUAUACUUUGUACGUAAAAACAUAAAAACUGCGUUUAUUUCUUAA